GGAUGGACUUUGCUUACUUUCAGCUUGUCAAUAGGCGUGACAGCAACUGCAUGAAUCGAUCAACACCUGAUUUUGCAUUGCAUGGUAUUGGUUAUCACUAACUACCUUGCUACAGUAUUAUAAAAAAAGAUAGGCGACUGUUCUCAUCAGAAACUGCUAUUGGUGGUGACUCUACGAGAUGAAAUGUCCAGAAUGUCAGCACGCUUCGGCGGAGAAAAAUGCCAAAUUCUGUAGCCAAUGCGGCUUCAGGUUCGUCCAGCUCUCAGGCCAGCCUCAACAGAAACCCUCUGUUCCUGUGGAGGAGCAGAGGAUGGCAUCGAUGGUCACCGAGACAACAAAUGCAUCGGCAAAGCAACCCAAUGAGGAGACCAAGGGAAACCCAAAGAAAAAGAAAAAGAAGAAGAAAAAGAAAAAGUCAACCAAAGAGAACAAAGGCCCUGCGCCUUCCAAGUCUGAUCAAAUGACCUCUGACCUCUCUGACAUGUCGCUUAUUGACAUGAAGGGAAUAAAGGAGCAGGGAAGGGAGGCGUCCGACAGCGAGAGUUCGAUUAGUGACAUGGAUGAGACGCUUGAUUCACUGCAGGACCAGGGUAAUACCCUGGAGGAGCCCUGUACCGGCUGCCCAUUGGAUGAGACUGCCGCCCGUCAGGCACACUGCCCUGCGCCAAUAGGUCCUGCCACUCAGUCAGAGGGGGAUCCCGCUACCCCCCCUGGAAAUCUGACCUUGGGAGAAGUCCGGCAGCAGACCGUCAGUGAAGACAAAGAAGGCAAGAAGGAAGCCCUGAAUGUGCAACGGGCCUGUGCCGACCAGAAUACCGAUGUGGACCAGAACACCAGUGUGGACCAGAAUGCCAACAUGACCAAUCAAAUCAAACAGAAAACACAGCAGGCCCAGCAGAGCCGAGACACUAAGCCAGACCCUGCGGGCGACCAGACCAUGGUCUUUGGUCCGCAGAUAAAGACACAGGAAAAAAAGAAGAAAAAGGAAAAUGAGAACAAAGGCCCUAAAUCUUUAGAGGUUGAUCAAAUGACCUCUGACCUCUCUGACAUGUCACUGAUUGACAGGAAGGGGAAAAAGGAGCAGGGAGGGGAGGCGUCUGAUGGUGAGAGUUCGAUUAGCGACAUGUAUGAGGCACCUGAUUCAUUGCAGGACCAGGGUAAAACCCCAGGUGAGCCCUGUACAGGCUGCCCAUUGGACGAGACUGGUGCCUGUCAGGCACACCCCCCUGCGCCAAUAGGUCCUGCCACUCAAGAGGCCUCCCCCGAGGAGAGCCAGCCUGCCUUUCAGCAGCCCACCAAACCAGAACAGCCCCCGUGCAACGAGGCUCUGACCGCCUCUCCUGCCCCCCCAUCUCAGUCAGAGCGGGAUCCCGCUAACCCCCCUGGAACUCAGUCCCCGGGAGGCGUCAGGCAGCGGACUGACAGCAAGAACAACAAAGGCAAGAAUGAUGCAGUGAACACGCGACGGGCCUGUGCCGACCAGAACACCAGUGUGGACCAGAACGCCAACGUGACCAGUCAAAUCAAACAGAAAACACAGCAGGACCAGCAGAACCGAGACACUAAGCCAGGGCCUGCGAGCGACCAGACCAUGGUCUUUGGUUCGCAGAAGAAGCCACAGCAGUCCAAAGGACAGGCCUCGAGCCGGACGUCCAGCGGGACCGACCCAAAGGUGGAGCAGGAGCAGCUGCAAAAAAAGUCUUCCAGCUCCAAAGAAGACCCCUCCCAGGGAAAAGAGACUGAUACUGACAUGAAGGAUGCCCCACCUCCCAAAAGAAUACCUCCAGCCAAUCAACAGAUCCCGGCCAGUGACAGGCUCACCAUCUACUUCCACGCUGUGUUGUCCAAGGACUUUAAGUUCAAACCGGACAAUGACAGGAUUUUUUUGCGGGCUGGAAACAGGAUCGGCAACUGGGAAAAAAACGCUGUUGAACUAACAGUGUCUCGGGAUCUGGGAGACCAUGGCUUUUUUGUAGAAGGAAAACUGAUGACAACCAAAAAUGAAGCAACUUCUGUUUCCAUACCUUACAAAUAUGUUGUGUAUAAACAGAAGAAAGAAAAGUAUGAGUAUGAAUACAUCUAUAAAGUGGACGCGAAGAACACGACCAACAGAUGUCUCUUUGUCAAGCCGCAUUUGCUCAAUGAGGAAGGAGAAUGGCACCAAUAUGAUGACAUAAUUUGUGUAGAGCCCUCCAAAAAUUUAAUUUCAAGGGGUUUAGAAUUUUUUUGGCCUGAUCAAAAGAAAAAAAUUAUUCACGGUCGUGAAAUCGCAGGAAGAAUCAUGCUCGAAACAAUUUUUGACCUUCUUAGUACCUGGAGUGAAAUUAACCUGAAGAGUUUCCUCACUCAGCUUAAGCAGUUCCACCAGAUUUACGCAAACCCAUUUGUGUAUGAGGAAACCCACAAAAAGUGGUACUCCUUAGAUUAUGGUGAAAAAGAGGUGAACCUCCUGCUAAAGCAGGUGGUGCUGGAGAGCGUGACUCCCCAGUUGGGUAAGGACAGCAGCGGGAGGAACAUCUUCAUCAAGGACCCAUUGUAUGCCGCCGUGAUUGUGCUGUACAUUUGGAGCACGUACAAUAUCAGGCUGGAUAACGGAGAACUGUCCCGGCUCUGCGUUGAACUCUGCCUGCCAGAACUGCCCAAAGAUGACUUCAUCAGUUACUGGGCAGAUUUUGUUGUAUCGUUUUCACAUAUAAAGAAACUUCCUGAGAUGGUGCUGGCGCUUGUUGGUCAGGUAAAUACGGAGGGCAUGCCACACUGGAUCCUGGCCGUUCCUCUGCUUCACUUUCUGAGGGGGUCGUCCGUGCCCUUUGAACCUGUCUUGCGCACCAUCAGCACAAAAUAUGAACUGUCCUGGGCAGGGCUUGAGGGAUUGAAAUUCGGCAGUACUGCAUACAAGUCCAGCCAAGAUAGGAGGGCCAUAAUAAAUAUGAUUAGAACCCACAAGCACCUGCUUGAGGCGGACGCGCUGCUGGCUCGAUCGUGGAUGUUGCUGAUGACUCUGGAGGAAUUGGUUGAUUGCUGCUGUAUUGCCCAGAUUGGCUUGCUGGACAUCCUCCAAGCCUUUUAUCUGAAGGCCCCAGCAGAGGUGUCUUACUCCAGUUGCACUCAUGUGUCUGAUGUACUUGCACAUAUUCAGAAAUCCCUUGUAGAACAACAAUACAGUUUGCAAAGUGAGGACUAUGGAAGAGCUUGCCUGACGACAGCAAUAGAACUAUUGGACAAAAUCUGCAGAGGAGUCAAAUCUUCAGGUUACACGCAGAACUUUACCGAGAUCCCUGUGGCGUGUGUGAACAUGGUUGCCUUGGUUUUAGAAUUUUUUCUGUCCUGCCAACCUCAGGAGUCGACGGAUGUCGGCGGAGCCAAGAUGAAAGCGAAGGACAGAGAGCUGCUCGGAGGGGCCAUGAACAUCAUGAGGAGAUGGGUCAGUCAAACCUUCCGGAACAGGCUGACCACCGGUUACGUGCAGAUCAGCCUCACGUCCGAAAUCGAGAUGUGGAACAACGUCAUUUCUCUCAGUUUUAAAAAUGAGGAUUUCACAAAGGAAUGGAGACAAUUGUUUACAACAGAUUUUGAAGGAAAAUUUGAAAAGGAGUCUCCACUGGACCAAAUUGAGAUCUACUGUUCCAGUAUUGAACAGAUUGGUGACUCGUAUCCCCAUGUUGCAAACAGCAUUGAGAAGUGUGCCCUCCAGGCAGUCAAUUCCAUUUGCCAGGCCAAAGCAGAGGCAAAGCUUUUUGAGAAAAUCAAGAUAAACUGGAAGUUUGGAAAGCUGAUAUCUGCCAUCAUCGAGAAGUCCUGGCCCAGAGAUGCUAGGGGGCAUUACCUCGAGGGAGAGGAAGUGAUCCUUCAGCACAUGCUCAACUGGACCGCUGCCAGGGACAUCUUUAAACUGCAUGGUGUGGAUGAAAAGCUGACGGACAAGCUCAGUGACGAGGCCAGUGAGCGAAUGGCUGUGGCCAGCUCAGCAUUCACUUCCAUCUCCCACAAAGUGUUCACGGGAGCCAUAGAGAUCAAGCUGCUGAAUCAAAUCCUAAAAAACCAAACAACCUUCAUUGAGCUGCUGAAGAUAGACUGCCUGUCGGACAAUGAGAAGUGCAAGGACAGCUCUGCCAUGAGGAGGCUGCUGCAGUGGAGAAGGGAAGAGGUGGAGGCAGUGUAUCAUGAGAGGAAGCUGGUGGAGAGUCUGAUCACCAUGUCCCACAAACUGCAGGAGCACAUCGCAGUCUCCAUGGGCAAUCUUGAGGAAAAGCUGAAAAUUAACAUUGAGGUGAUGACUCUUGACCAGUUCAUGGACGUUCAGAAGUUUGACACUCUCUUGUCUGACAUGACCAGCGUGGUCACCUUCUUCAACCUCGACCAGAACACAGAAGAGAUGGCGAAAGUCCUGUGCGUGUUGAAGGACAGCUUCAUUUUUUGCAUGUGUUGGGAGAAUCAGGCAAAAGAACUCUCUAGGAGAAACCCCCACAACGACGGUGAAGAUGACGAUGAAGAUGACUACAAUGAGGAUUUCAUUGAUGCAGAGGAAGAGCGAGAAUUACAACUGGUGGCCACGCUCCCAGUGAUAUACAGUGAUAUUUAUCAGCCGUCGUACCAUAAAUAUCAGAAGAUCUACUCUGACCUGAAAAGUGGGGCUCUCAAACUGGGGGAGGUGGAUGUCAUCUUCAAGGCUUAUAAAGGCAAGUACGAAGAACUGAGGAAUGAGCUGGAGAUCAUGUGCCGGACAGACCGGUCGGAGGAACGAAACUGGAUCCAGAGAAGGGUGGGACAGAUCGAGCAGUACCACGAGGUCCACCUGGCUGUGGAGUCAGCCCUGGUCAUCAAAAAGGUCAAAGACACACUGUGCCUUCAGGGGGACUUCAAGGUCCUGGACAUGCUGCUUGAAGUUGCUGAUGUGAACUUUAAAAAAGAGAGCCUGGACCGCAUUGAUAAUAACUUGAUUCAGGCCAAGAGGGACAUGGUGGAAAUCACUGAACAACGUCUCCUGUGCUUGCAAGAGCUCGGCGAGAGAAAAAACUUUGUCAUGUGGGUCAAAGAGGCCCUGGAAGAUAUCAAUGAGCUGAAGGUAUUUGUGGACCUGGCGUCCAUCUCGGCUGGAGAGAAUGAUCUGGAUGUGGACCGCGUGGCCUGUUUUCAUGACGCUGUUCUGGGCUACUCCCCCAUGCUGUACGAGCUUAAGCCCAACUCUGGGUUUGAUGUCUUCAAGGAGACACUGAAGAAGUUGUGGAAAGCACUCGACAAUGAUCACAACCUCCCGAAGAAGCUGCGAGACACUGCUCGCCACCUGGAGUGGUUGAAAACCGUGAAAGAAAGCCAUGGCUCGGUGGAGCUGUCCUCACUUUCCUUAGCUUCUGCCAUCAACAAGAAGGGCAUCUACAUCAUCAGUGCGCAAAACCAGAAGAAGUUGAGUCUGGAUACAGCCCUGAAGCUGACGAUUCCAGAGGAGCACGAGGACGGGCAGGAGAUGCGCUGCUACUCGCUGGAGGAGCUGCGAGAAUUACAGAACAAGUUGAUGCUGAUGUCUGGGAAAGGGGAGCAGGGCCAGGGUGAGGUGGAGCACUUCGUGGAGGUCUUUGCCGGCAUCCAGAGACUCACUGUGGCCUUUGUCGACCUGUACACUGCCGGGAACCCACUGUUCCGUCACUGGGAGGCCAACAUCAAUUGCAGUGCAGUCAAUGGAGAUGGCAUGGCGGGCAUCAUCAUGGACUUCAAUCUGAACACUGCGGUGGGUGAGAUCAUGUUGGAGGGCGACAUGCUGGAACAUCUGCUUGAACUGUGCAGGAAGAUGGAACGGUGCUUGGAAUUCUGGAAGGCCUUUGUGGACCAGCAGAGAUCCCAGCACUACUACCUCAACUACUUCACUGCAGAGCAGAUCGUCUACCUGUGUGACAGACUGACCCAGAAGAAAGUGGGGAAGCUGGAUGGCCAGGCCCUAAUGAUGCUGUCCUUCAUCAAGCCUAAAUGUGGAGUCCAUGAUCUGAGGCAAACGUGGCAUGAGCUUCAGUAUGAGCUCCUCACCAUGGCUCCAGAGCAGAACAAAGACAUAGACUUUCAGACCUUUGUGGAGAAGACUAACAGCAUGGAAGCGGCUCCCACAUUUGAAGAGGAGGCUGCUGACCUGCCGAGUCUUGUGGAGCGGGCCAGUGGCUCACGAAAGCUGGAUGUUGUGUGGAACGCCUAUAUGAGGGACAUGCAGAGCUUCCUCCCAGGCUCCCUGGAUGUCAGUACCUUGGGGAGGCUGUUGGAAAUACUGGCUAAGCAAGAGGAAGAUGAUGAUGAUGAUGAGGAUGAGGUAUUAAUGUUAGCUGAGAGGAAGGAGAAUUGCGUCUUCCGGACCCUUCCAAAUGGUCUGGUUUGUGGGCAACCAAACCUUGUCAUCUGCCCACGGGCUGAAGUCUUGAAGUCGUGCAUCAGCGUCUACAUGAACAGCGGGCAUGAGCCACUGCCCACCUACGAUGAGGUGCUCCUGUGCACCGCCGCCACCCCCUACGAACAGGUGGAGCUGUUCCUCAGGCGGUGCCUGACUGCUGGCUGCAGAGGCGAGAAGAUCUACACCCUCCUGUAUGCGGAGGACCUGGCCUACGAGGCCAGCUACAGGGUGGAGCAGCUCUUCCAGAGGCUAGAGAAGCAGUGCUCUAGGCCCUACAGGCUGGUGAUCAUCUGCAGCGCCGACCGGGAACACGCCUAUAUCCCCUCUGCCUUCAGCCAGUACCGGCUGCACAUGGUCCCCCUGGAGUCCCUGGAGAAAAUCCAGGGAUACCUGUCCAGGCACUAUACCGUCCCUUCAGAACUGCCCAGUGCCGCUGCUGUGUUCCGAGACAGGAAGUUUGUCAGGGUUGUGACAUCCAAAAGAGCAGGAGUGGGUAAAUCUCUUUACAUUCAGAGGCUGUACGAGGAACUUAGGGAAACCACCAAGACACCCUCUCUGCUGAAAUGCAUUCGUUUGAUUGAGCCAAGUGUUGAUGAAAACGUUGUGCUGCAGUCCUUGAUCAGUAGCCUCCAGAAGAAGGAACUCACAAUCUUCCAUUUUGACAUCACAUCCUCUGUGCGGAAAGGCCUGUAUGAAUUUCUAUUCAAAUUGUUGGUGUUGCGCUACCUGAUGGAUUCCGAAGGUCGCAUGUGGAAAUGCAGCAACACCCAUUUGUAUGUCAUUGAGAUCUUGCAGUUCAUGGGAGAUGUCUCCAGAACUGGCAAAGGAACUCUUUCACAUGCACAGUUUGCCUUCCUAGAUGUCUUUCCAAAAGUCUUUUGUCGUCCCCCGAAAGAGGUCCUGGAAUUGGAAAUGCAAAUGCGAGAUGACCCUUCCAUGAAGGAUGAAGACCCACUUAUGGAUGACCAAGAGUUCCGAAGUGAAGCCUUCCAAAGACCCUAUCAGUAUUUAACAAGGUUCCACAAUGGCAUCAGUCUGGACGAAUUCAGGUACAACGGUGUCGAGGGGACUCACGUACAGUGCCUGCAGAUGCUUUUUGUGUACUGUGGCAUCGUGGAUCCUUCAUGGGCUGAGCUGAGGAAUUUUGCAUGGUUCCUGAACCUGCAGCUGCGAGACUGUGAGACGUCUGUUUUCUGCCAAAUGGAUUUUGUUGGGGACACCCUGGGUGGUUUCAAGAACUUUGUGGUGGACUUCAUGAUUCUGAUGGCUAAGGAUUUUGCCACACCCUCCCUCAGCAUCUCUGACCAGAGCCCAGGGAGGCAACUGGUGGACCUAGCUGGGGCCACUGAAGCUGACCUGGCCCCCUUCCGUAUCAGAAAGCGGUGGGAAUCUGAGCCACACCCGUACAUUUUCUUCAACGAUGACCAUAUAUCCAUGACUUUUAUUGGCUUCCACUUGAAGGUGAAUGGGCAGAACAGCGUUGAUGCCAUCGACCCCGUAAGGAAGACUGUGAUCAAACCAAAUGUCAUGAGCCGGGAGCUGUAUGAGGGACUGAAGUUGCAGAGGGUCCCCUUCAACAUUGACUUUGAUCAGCUCCAAAGAGGCGAGAAGAUCGAACGCCUCUGCAAUGUUCUUGGCAUCCAGUGGCCUAUGGAUCCAGACGAAACCUAUGAGCUCACCACUGACAACAUCCUUAAGAUGCUGGCGAUCCACAUGCGCUUCCGAUGUGGCAUCCCUGUCAUCAUCAUGGGAGAGACAGGCUGUGGGAAGACCAGACUCGUUAAGUACCUAUGCGAACUGCGGAGGAGCGGGGUCCCCACAGAAAACAUGAAACUUGUCAAAGUCCACGGUGGGACCACCUCAGACAUGAUCUAUGCCAAAGUGAGGGAGGCAGAUAACAUAGCCUUGUUCAACAAGCAGAAAUAUAACUUCAACUCCAUCCUCUUUUUUGACGAGGCCAACACCACAGAGGCUGUCAGCAGCAUCAAGGAGGUCCUCUGUGAUGGCACUGUGAAAGGACAACCCCUUACUCAGAACACUGGACUGCAGAUCAUUGCUGCUUGCAAUCCAUAUAGGAAGCACUCGGAUGAGAUGAUCCAAAGGUUGGAAUCUGCUGGAUUGGGAUACAGAGUUAGAGCCGAAGAGACCGACGACAAGCUGGGAUCUAUCCCCCUUCGCCAACUGGUGUACAGAGUCCAGGCCCUGCCCCCAAGUAUGAUCCCGCUGGUGUGGGACUUUGGCCAGCUCAAUGACUGCACAGAAAAAAUGUACAUCCAACAGAUAGUCCAGAGGGUGGUGGACACUAAUUCAAUCAGCACGCAGUACAUUGAGAUGAUUACCAACGUCUUGUCUACCUCGCAGAAAUACAUGAGGACGAGGAAGGAUGAAUGUAGUUUUGUCAGUCUGAGAGAUGUGGAACGCUGCAUGCAAGCUUUUGUUUGGUUCUACAAAAACCAUAAGAUGCUGCUCACAGAGCUUAGGAUGUUUCUGGAUGAGAUAGAAAACCCAGAAAGAAGUGGGAGACUGCAAAGAUUGACUGAGAGUCGCAAUCCUGUUGAGUGGUCCCUUGUGAUGGCUGUGGGAGUUUGCUACCAUGCCUGUUUGGAAGAUAAGGACAGCUACCGGAAGAAAAUCUGUAAGCUCCUCCCUGAAACGAACACGCCCCAGAAAGUUGCACAGGAAAUUUCGCUCAUGCAGGACCUCCUUCUGAGUGGCUUUCCCCUUGGGGAAACUAUUGCUAGGAACAAUGCAUUGAAAGAGAAUGUGUUCAUGAUGGUAAUCUGUAUUGAGUUACGAAUCCCCCUUUUCUUAGUGGGGAAACCUGGGAGUUCAAAAUCCCUGUCUAAGACACUUGUAGCAGAUGCCAUGCAGGGCCAGGCUGCACACUCGGAGCUGUACAAAAAACUGAAGCAAAUUCACCUGGUCUCCUUCCAGUGCAGCCCCCACUCUACUCCGGAAGGAAUCAUCAACACCUUCAAACAGUGUGCCCGUUUCCAGGAGGGCAAAAAUUUGAGGGAGUAUAUCUCUGUGGUGGUGCUGGAUGAGAUUGGCCUGGCAGAAGACUCCCCCAAAAUGCCUCUCAAAACUCUUCACCCCUUGCUGGAGGAAGGCUGCAUUGAUGAUGAACCACUGCCACACAAGAAAGUUGGGUUCAUUGGCAUCUCCAACUGGGCCUUAGACCCGGCUAAGAUGAAUAGGGGCAUUUUUGUGUCCCGUGGUGACCCAGAUUUAAAGGAGCUAAUUGAAAGUGCAAAGGGCAUAUGUUCCUCUGACAAGAUGGUCUUGGAGAAAGUUCGAAGCUACUUCCAGCCUUUUGCCCGGGCAUAUCUGAACGUCUGCCGGAAACAGGGUAAAGGUUUUUUUGGCUUACGGGAUUACUACAGCCUGAUAAAGAUGGUGUUUGCCAUUGCCAAAGUCUCUACCCAUGAGCCCAGCCCAGAGCGCUUAGUGGAAGCAGUGCUGAGGAACUUCAGUGGCAAGGAUAAUGUGGAUGCAGUCCGCGUCUUCAUCACCCGACUGGAUAUUAGCCCAAACAUGGAGAGCAUCAGCGCCAUUGAGCUUGUGAGACAGAACAUCUCAGCCAUCGGCCAGGAUGACGAGUGCCGGUACCUGCUGGUUCUGACAAAAAACUAUGCCGCUCUCCAGAUUCUUCAGCAGACGUUUUUCUCUGACCAGCACCAGCCUGAGAUCAUCUUUGGCUCCAGCUUCCCCAAGGAUCAGGAGUACACCCAGAUCUGCCGCAACAUCAACCGGGUUAAGAUCUGCAUGGAGACUGGCCAGACCAUUGUGCUUCUGAACCUGCAGAACCUUUACGAAAGCCUCUAUGAUGCCCUCAACCAGUACUAUGUCUGUCUGGGUGGCCAGAAGUAUGUGGACUUAGGACUGGGAACCCAUCGUGUGAAGUGCAGGGUGCACAAGGACUUCAGACUCAUUGUCAUCGAGGAGAAAGAAGUGGUCUACAAGCAGUUCCCCAUCCCACUCAUCAACCGACUGGAGAAACACUACCUAGACAUCAACACUGUCCUCAAGAGUGAUCAAAAAGGACUUGUCCUAGAACUAGAGAAGUGGGUGGGACUGUUUGUGACCCUUCGUGGCCAACACUCCAUGGUUGCACGCUUGCCUAAGUACCUACCAGUCGAUGUCUUCAUUGGCUACCACUCUGACACCUGUGCUUCAGUGGUCCUGCAGGUGACUGAGAAGCUGAAGGAAGAGUCAGAGAUGUCUGAUUACCAUAGACACAUCCUGGAUGAGGCUAAGCUGAUCCUGUUGGGCUGCGCCACUCCAGAUUCGGUGGUGCGUCUUGACUCCACUGCCCUCCCCAGCGGGGAGACUGAGCAGCUGGCUCACGUGUACUUUGAACAGCAAAAGCACAGCUCUCUGGCUGACUUCAUCAUCUCUCACACCCAGCAAGAGGAGUGGUGCCAUGCUUCUUUCACUGAGGUGACAACAUUCUCAAGGCUCAUGACAGCAUCAGAUAUUGGGCUUCUCCAGGACGCCGCUUCUAACAUUGAGCUACUCUCCCUGCAACAGUUUGACACCGAGCACUCCUUCCUCAAAAAGAUAAGACAUUUCCUAGACUCCACAUCUGGAUUCAGAAUACUCAUUAUUCAAACAGAUUUCAACGAAGGCUCCCAGAGUGCAAACCUCAUUGCUUCGGCAAAGUACUCUGCAAUGAAUGAAAUCAGCAAAUCAAGAGAUGAAGAAAUGAGAGGGAAAGUGUUUGUGUACUUUAUCACCAAGCUUCCAAGAAUGGAGGGAGGGACUUCUUAUGUUGGAUUUCAUGGAGGCCCCUGGAAGUCGGUCCACAUUGAUGACCUCCGAAGGUCCAAGGACAUCAUCUCGGACAUCAAAGCCUUGAGAGGUUUAACUAUAAGCCAGCUCUUUGAGGACAAGGUGGAGGAACAUGAUGCAAUGGAAGUGGAGGACAUGUACACAGCAACAGGAGAGCAGGAAAUGGAAUGUUCAGAACCCACAGACGGCUGGGAGGCGGUGCUAGACACCACAGCACUGGUGCGGAGCUGUGUGCAGAGCGCAGUGCGCAUGCUCAAAGACCAGGGUGAGGGUGGAGCCCGCAGCACCAGGAGGGUGGAGAUCCUUCUGACGCUAUUGGCCGACAGCGAGGAGCUGAAAGCUGCAUUUCUGACAGCUUUGAAGAGGCGCCUCCACACCCUGCUGGUGUCCUACGAUGGCAAAAGCUUCUCGUCCAAGAAUUGGGUGAUCAACGAGGCGUCCAAUGUCGACGCCCUGCAGGAGGGCGGAACCUUCAGACACGCCCUGUGGAAGCGUGUUCAGGCCGUUGUCACUCCCCUCCUGGCUCAGCUCGUUGCCGUCGCCGACCGCGACUGCAACCUGGACCUGCUCCUGGACCACAACUCUGGGGAGCCGGUAAGGAAGCUUUGGCUGGACAUCUUCAGGGACGAGAAGCUUCUGGAAGUUCCCUUUGCAGCAGUGGACCGCAACUCCGAGUCGAAGACCAUCCUGGUGCAGAGCUACAUCACGCCGCAGCUGGGAGCCGGCUGCAGCCUGCCUUUCAGCUGGAGGGUGCGAGACUACCUGGAGGAGCUCCGGGUUCACGCUCAGCACCAUGAAGGCCACACAGUGAGGCAGUUUGAGGACUUCUUCCGGAACACUCCGCUGGGCCGGUACAUUGCAGAGGCAGCAGAGGAGACGCAGAGAGAGUUCUUCCAGCGCUACCUUCAGGAUUUCGUGUGCAUGACGAUGAAAGUCACCUCAGAGGAGGAACUCCAGCUUCUGUGUACUGCCUUGACCUGCUGCGUCAAUGAAUUGAGGAUCCGUGAGGAUGUGGAGGAGGAUGAGGUCAUCUCAUUGCCCUGGGUCCAUGCCGCACACCAGGAGUUUAAGAACCGUCUGCAGAACCUGUCCAGGAUGGUUGCCAUGGAGCCCAAGGUGGCUCUGCACCUCCAGCGUAUUGAGGGCUCCAGGGAAGGUCCUGAAAUGGUGUUGGACGUGUUUGCGGCUCUGGCCUGCGUGGAGCUGUUGGAGCCCAGGGGGCUGGACUCAGACAGGGAGCGGCUGGCCUGGCUGCGGCAGGUGAAGAGGCUGCAGGGGCCCGUCGAGCUGGCCUGCUCAGAGGAGAUCUGCAGCCGCUACGGGGAGAGGAGCCGAGAACAGGCGCGCACCGUCCGACGGGGGUGGAGCAGAAUCUUCUCCCUGUCCCUGUUUGUGGAGCACAUGCUGGUGGGCAUCGAGGGCGUGGAGGAGAAGCUCCGCCCACUGCUGCUGGAGCGCACUCGGGUAUUGGGGCAGGUUCUGGGGACGAACUCGGACCUGAAAAUGGAGCCGCCCUUCCUGGCAGUCAUCGGGAUCCUCAAGGCCUGCAUGGAUGGAGCAAACGACAGGAUAUUCAAGUUUGGACGUCAGCCCUGUCCCGUGUGCAUGGGGGACCCCCAUGAGCCCCUCAGCCUUCCCUGUCACCACAUAUACUGCCUGGCCUGCAUCAGACAGUGGCUGAUCCCGGGUCAGAUGUACUGCCCUCUCUGCAAACAGGAGGUCCCCGAUGACUUCAACCUGGCCACGUCUGAGGACAUACGGCUCCGCAUCGUCAUGUACUCCCAGUUCAGGAAACGGUGCAACGCCUUCUUCAUCGACAUGGUCUCCACCGUGUGCUUCAAGGACAACGCCCCGCCCUCCAGUGAGGUCAUCCAGCACCUGCUGUCCUACCUCAUGGUGGCCGUGGAGGCCGUACGCACCAUCAGAGCUCGCACUCCGGUGUUCACCAAAGCUCUGUCUCCGUUUGACGACUCGGUGGACAAAAAUCCCGUGGUCCGCUCCGUCAUUCUGAAACUCCUACUGAAGUACAGCUUUGCUGAGGUCAAAGACUACCUGCAGCAGCACCUGUCUGAUGUUGAACGGAGCAAUAUCCUGGAUGAAGGGGACAAAAGUGAACUUUACUCCCUGUACAUAAACUGUCUGCAGGACUCCAUGUUGGAGUGGACGCAGUGCCGCACAGCCGCAGAGAGGACGGCCUGCCUGCAGGACGAGAGGAACUUCCUGAAGCACUUCCUGCGCCGGCGGGGCGUCAGGGCGCGCGCGACCACCAUAGAGCAUCUGCAGGAGGUAGCCCGGGUUCGGCUGUGCCUGGACAUGGCCGCGCACCUGAUGGCGGACCAGCAGACAAACCCAGGGCCGUGCGAGGGCGCUCGGGACGCGGUCUCGGGAUUCCUGGGCUGCGUGGCGGACCUGUGCGUGCGGAGCGGGAACGGCUGGUACCGGGUCUACCUGAUCCGCAAGGUGUGCAGCCAGCAGGGCAUGGAGUUUGUCCAGAAGCUCCAGGCGACGGCCGAGCUCAGAUGGCUGUUUCCCGAGGAGCUCCUGCAGAAUCAGGAAGGGGGGCAGAUGGACCACUUCCUUGUGUGGGGGGAGGACUAUCGGACCAUACGCGAAGCUGUCGCCAAGGCAACGAUGAAAGGCGGAACGGAAGGGAUAGAGGAGGCGUGUGAGAGGUGCGGAGGUACGCCGGCUAAGAAGACGGUACUCCUGCUCCUGGCCCUCUUCAGGGAAGUUACCACGCUCUACAGAACAGCCAACCACAGCCUCCACCCAAAACAGGAGUUGCUCCAUGCCCUGAAGGGUUUCAUCCAUGGCUCCCGGGUGCUGGUGAGGCCGGAGGCACAGGCCUUCGCCCUGGCCCUGGUGCACAACCAGCUGGGCGCGCUGACGGUCGGGGCCGACCGGCCGGGGGUGGUGCACGGCCUGGUCGAGCUGACCGUCCACCUGGCGGCUGUGCUGAUGACUGUGAACCACGGGUGCCUGGCCCCCCUCAGGCUGCUGGCCCUGUCCCCCGCCCGCAUGCAGGCGGCCUUCCUACCCACAAUGCCCGAGGACAUGCUUGCUGUGGCUCGCGCGGCCUUGGGACCCCUCAUGUGGUACUAUUGUCCGAACGGUCACCCCUGCACUGUUGGAGAGUGUGGCCGGCCUAUGGAGGUCAGACGGUGCCUGGACUGUAAUUUGCCAGUAGGGGGAAGUAACCAUCAGCCUCUUCAGGGUUUUAAUCCGGUUAAUGUCCAGGGGGACCGCACCCAGAGCGGUCACAUCUUGGGGGACCCAGGCAGGAGAGACAUGCCAGACAUGCUGGACACCAAGAGCAUGUCCCCCGCCCCCUUCACGCUGGUCAGGCUGCUCACGCACUUGAGCAUGCUUAUUGGAGCUUCUGAGCACCCUCAGGUUAUAGCCCAGAUAAUCAAGCCCCCGGUGGCUGAUCCAGGCUCCUUCCUGAUUGGUCACCUGCUGAAGGACAUGGAGCAGCUGGGCCGUGUGCUGGGGAAGGGCUCUGACGACACGGUCAGCAUGGCCCACCUGACGGUCCUCAGCCUGCUGGACGCUAACCCACCCACACAGUGGCCUGUUUCCCACGACGACGUUCUCUCCACCAAAGAGGCGAGGAACGCCUGGGAGACGGGCGUUGCGUCUGACAUCAUCGUCCCUCAGCUUAAGACCCUGGAGCGGCAGCUGAAGGAGGCGAACGACCUGAUCAGGACGGACUCGCGCGUGUCCUCCAGCCCCGUGAUGAGGCUGGUGUUCGGGGACCCGCGGCUCACCCUGGCCACCCUGCCCCGGGACAGCCCGAUCCACAGCGGGGCGGUGUGGAGCUGCAGGGAGAGGGUGUCCCUGCGGGCGCUGGCACACGUGGUGGAGCAGAACGAUGGGCGGGACGCCCUCCCGGUGCUCUGGAGGUUCCUGCACAAGGAGCCAGAGCUGAGUCUGGUCCGGUUCCUCCCGGAGAUUCUGGCACUGCAGAGGGAACUGGUGAAGAAGUUCCAGAACGCCCCGGACGUCACCUGCAGCACCAUACAUGAAUUCAUCCAGGGCCUGACAGCAGCCUCUCUCAAAACCUGGUACGAGACACGGAUCAAAAUAUUCCUGAAGACCUGGAAUCAGCUCAGACAGUCGCUGGCCACCAAAGGAGAGCUGAAGAUCCCUGCCGAGCUCUGCCAGACGGAUUUGGGUCACAGCAGCGACCUGCAGGUGCUGUUGCCGCGGCGCCAGGGGCAGGGCCUGUGCGCCACCGCCCUGGUCAGCUACCUCAUCGCCCUGCACAACGAGCAGGUGCACGCGGUGGACAAGCACACCGGGGAGGAGACCAGCUACACGGUGAGCCCCGCGGACCUGAGCGACCUGCACGUGAUCCGCUACGAGCCGGAGCGCGACCUGCUCCCCCUGGUGCUGUCCCACUGCCAGUACAGCGUGGAGCGCGGCCAGGAGACCAUCUCCGAAUACGACCUCCCCAAAAUCCAGCAGCAGGUGGUCACCCGCUUCCUGCAGGGCAAGCCUCUCAUUAGCCUGGUGGGAAUUCCAACACUGGUGAACAGACACGACCGGAACUAUGUAAACAUUUUCAAGGAUGUGAAAGACAAGGUUGGACAAGAAGCCCUGCCCGCUCUGACCCUGGCAGCAUUGGCAGGGGAGCUGGCAGCGUACAGUGAUGUGUGUGAGGCUCUGGAGGUGGUGGAGGUAGCUCUGGGUUUCCUUGCGAUGACGGGUGAAAACCCUGACAUGCAGCUCGUCUGCUACCUCAGAGACAUUCUACAGAUGGGGGACCGGACAGCCCCCCACAUCCUAAAGGCCCUGAGCAGGUGCAGUCUGAAGCACUGUGCAGCCGUGUGGCAGCUCCUGGCGUCCCUUAAAUCAGAGAACAUGCUGCGUCUCAAGAGGGACCCUUUUGUGGGCGUCAUGGCGGAGUAUAAGAAGCCUCUGAGUGAGGAGGAGAGGGGCUUGCUGAUGGCGUUCCUCUCUAAGGGCAGUGUGGACACCUGUCUGCUGGAGAUGCACGAGUUCCUGCUGCUGCACCUGAAGGAUGCCCAAGCCCUGGAAAUGUACAGGGCCUCCUGGGGACUGAAAGAAACGCUGGUGUCGUACAUUGAGCGCAAGGAUGUCGACGUCCCCCCGGACGUGGAGCUCCUCCCUGACGAGAUCUGCCUGUCGAAAUUUGUGGAGGCGUGGAAGCUCAUCGCCGCGUUUCGACAGAACCGCGGACGGCGAUGACGUGGCCCACGGCCACGCCCGCCCCCACUCCCUGCCAUUGUUAAAGCUUUUCUUAACCACUUUUACUGCGCCUGUACUUUUUACUGUAGUAUCGCAAUCUGUCUUGUGUUUCACAUCUCAUACAGCGAACACAUGUAUAUCCUUACAUAUGUAAUUCUCAUGAGCGUGAACUGUGAUACACACGGCUGUGUACCUUUGCCUGCGGGUUUUAUACAAAUCGUGCUUGGAUGUGCUGCGAGACGGGUACAUAAUGAAGUGCAAUAUUUCUGUUAAUUAUGGCUUUCUAAAAGUGAACUUUUACCGAAUGUAUUUCGCCUCCUGAUUUCUGGCCUGUCACGAAAGCGGGAUGCAAUAAUUUUUUGAACGCAGAGACAAUCUUAUUAUCACAGUCAAAUUUUUUUUGCCAUCAUUUAUUGUGAACAUUAUAUCCCUUCAAUGCUAUAGGCUUUUGUUUGCACUUAAAAGUAUUUGUCUGGAAUACUUGGAAACUAAUAAUUUGGAAAGUGUUAUUGUGAGAAUGCUAUUCUACUCAGGGAGUCCCAUUUUCACUGGGGCAGAGACGAAAGAAAAAUUGUGACAUGCUCAUCAAAUGUUACUUUGCUUGGUACUGCCUUGAAACGCUUUUGUUUCGUUUAAGUUUAUCCCUGAUAUUUGUUCUCAUCUUUGUCUCUGUCUUUUAAUUUUGUUCAUCUGUUAUUUGAGCAAUUGACCUUUUGCCUUAAAGGGACAUUCAUUCCAAGGUUUCUGUAAAAAAACCUUCCCAACUGUCCUUCCCAACCAUUUUCACUUUAAACUCAUACAUAGGACAGUAGUCUUAAUCAUGCCAUAUAUGCACUCCAGAAAUAUGAUUUACUAUGUUUAAUAAAAUAUGAAGAGGCACUCAAA